AUGCCUAUAAAACUAUCGGAGCAAGCUGAUAGUGAGAUAAAAUUCCAGCUCCAUGCAUUACUAGCUGAAAAUAUUUAUCCAAACAUAGAUAAUCUUCUGGACAGACUUUAUCAAUUACAUAAUGAUUUUCCAGUUCAUUCUAAAACAACAUUUCGUCGUCAUCUUCAUCGUAUAAGUUUUUCUUAUAAAUCACCUGCCAAGGUAAAUGAGAUAGCUGUGGAGUUCGAUGUGGAAAUUGUUCGUUUACCUGUUAGACACUGUUGUUUAAAUCCAACUGAGCUAUGUUGGGCGAAUUUGAAAGACUAUGUGCGUAAGGGUAACACUCGUUUUCAGCUUACCAAUGUUCGGGAACUUGCUUCACAGUUUAUUACCAGUUAUGAUGGUGGUGCAGCUACCAAGGUGAUCAAGCGCACACAAAAAAUUCAAAAUAAAUUCAAAAUUGCUGAUCGAUAUGUGGAAGAAAAUAUCGAACCUAUGCUUGACGACGAAGAAUCAAGCGAAGAAUCAGAUGUCGUAUCAAGUGAUGAUGAAUAA